AUGGAACAAGUAUUCGAACAAAAAUUAAUGCAAGCAGCUCAAGCUGUCGAAGAACAAGUUGAUGCUGAACUUAAUCGUUUAGAAAAAUUAACUGAAGAGGAUGUUGAAAAAUUUCGUGCUCAACGACUUGAAUCAAUGAAACAAGAACAUAAAAAACGUCAAGAAUGGCUUGCAAAUGGUCAUGGUGAAUAUGAAGAUUUACCAGGUGAAAAAGAAUUAUUUGAUAUAACAAAAAAAAGUGAACAAAUUUUAGCACGUAAACAUAUUGAAACAAAAUUUGUUAAAUUAAAUGUUGAUCGUGCACCAUUUAUAACUGAACGUUUACAUAUAAAAACAUUACCAACUAUUGCUUUAUUAAUUGAUAAUAUUGUUAAAGAUAAAAUUAUUGGUUUCACUGAUUUAGGAAAUCAUGAUGAAUUUUCAACUGAAAUACUUGAAUGGCGUUUAGGUCGAGGUGGUGCUAUUGAUUAUAAAGGUGAUUUAAAAUCACCACCAGAUGAUAAUGAAAAGAAAAAAACAAUUAAUUUAUUUGGAAAAAAACCAAAAACAAUACGAAAUGGAAUGGGUGGUGACGAUGAUGACGAUGAUGAUUAA